AUGUCAAAUAAAUUAUCAAAAAGUCAAAUCGAAGAUAAAAAAAAAGAAAUUGUGUCAAAAAUUAAAGAAGGUAGAUUGUGUACAACUAAAGAACGACCAACAUCUGCAAAAGGUGAAUUUUGGUCAAAUUUACUUCGAAUAAAAGAUAUGAAUGGAAUAUAUGAACCAUUUGUUCAAUGUGUAAUUUGUCAACAAAUAUUAUCAUAUGAAGUAAAAAAUGGAACAAAUUCACUUAAUCUCCAUGUACAAAGUUGUACAAAGAAAACUAGUUUACCAAAAUCUACGAUGCCGAUUGACAAUUAUGUUAAAAAAGAUAUUAGUAUACCUCCCGAUGAUAAAAGAAUGAUUACUGUUGCAUGUUCAAAAUAUUGUGCAUUUGACAUGCGUUCUUUUAAUUCUGUUAAUGGUGAAGGUUUUAAACAAUUAUGCCAGGCAUUGAUUGAUUUGAGUUAUAAAUAUGGUUUAGCUAAAUUAAGUAAACCAUCUGUUGAAGUAUUACUUCCUGAUCGUACAAAUAUAUCACGUACUAUUAAACAAAUUGCUAAUGAAUAUCGUUUGAAAAUGAAUGACAUUUUACGUGAAGAUUUAAAAGAAGUUAAAUUAAUUGGAAUAAGUACUGAUUAUUGGAAAAAUUCUUAUACAAGAACUAAAAGUGGUGAAAAUACAAUUCGAAUUAUUAAAUCGGUAUUGAGAUCAUAUGAUUUAGAUCCAGAUGAUAAACAUAUUAUAUAUUUAACAGAUAAUGCAUCAAACUUCGUUUCAGGAUUAAAAAAUGAGGUGGCCAGUGAACAACUAUCUUCGGAUCAGGAACCUACUCUGCACUUGGUUUUACCUUGGAUCAAUAAAUUAAAAUCGUGUUGUGAAAUUAAAAAUAAUGAAUUACCAACAAUUAAAUAUUUCAAAAAAAUGAUAUUAGAACAAAUAAAAGAAAAAGUUUGGCUUACUCGACUUCAUGAUAUAGCAACAUUUCUUCAUCCUGUCACAAAAAACUUAUUAUCAUACAGUCAAAAAGAACGAAAUGACGUUUAUAAAGCUACAAGGGAUAUGAUGAAAACAAUCAAUAUCAUUGAACCUGAUGAAAAACAAAAACAAAUUUCUGCAACAGCUAUUACUAGUACAUCAAGAAAAACACCAAAAAAAA